AUGAAGAUAUUUUUUGGAAUAGUUGUCAUGCUGAUUCCUUUGCGUCGUCGCCCCAGGCCGCCGUUCGAGGUGAUCGAGAUCUGGCUGCAGUCCCUGCUGAUGCACCUGGCCGGCGCGGGCCCGCUGCCGCGCACGCUGCUGGCCGACAUCCUGCAGUACGCGCGCGGCGCCGCCGGCCGCGCGCCCGCCACGCCCGAGUGCUGCCCGCGCGCGCCCGACGCCGGCAUCUUCUGCCUCGGCCGCGCGCGCCGCCGCCCGCCCGGCCGCGUGCGCAAGGUAACCCGCGCGUCCCCGCCGGCCCCUCGGCCCCGACUCCCUCACGAGCGCCGUUCCGCCUUGCAGUCGCAGUCCGCCGCGGCGCUGGCGGGCCGCGCGCCGCCGCCGCUGGGCAAGUGCGUGUCGGCCGGCCAGCUCGCGCCCGGCUACAUCCUGCGCGCCGGCGCCGCGGGCAUCGACGUCACGCGCGUGGACGACGUGGCCGCGUGGCUCGAGCCGCCCCGCCUGCCGGACUCCGACUCGUCCUCGGACGACGACGAGGGCGACGCCGGCGCGGCCCCUCGCGCCGAAUCCCCGAGCGUCGCGCGAGACCCCGAAGGCAUUCCGAAAACUGUGGAACCUAAAUCCGAAAAACCCAACUUCGUCAAGAAGCUCCUGUCACCCAAACUCAGUCGGCUGUUCAAACCGAACCCGAGAGAAAUCGUUCAGAAGCCGGGGGCGGACGAUAGAGAGGAGAAGUCGAAGAGUAAGUUUUUUGUUCAACGCCCGACUUCCCCCGGUCUGACGCGCUCGGCGUAUAGGGUCCGACCGGCAGAGAACGAUAAGAAAACAAAUUUAAACCAAAACGUGCUAAAAACCGACGUCAAAUUGGCCAGCAUGGGAAAACCGAUGACUCCGAUAUUCAGGCGGCAUCUGUCGACCGAGAAACCCGACUUCGCCGAUGUGAGGUUCAGUUACAGAGAACGGAGGUACGAACCUAAGGUGCAGGACAAGUUAGAAGCGAGGACCAGACUCAAAGCCAAUCCGAUGGGAGCCGUCGAAAAGAAACUGACACAGCUGAGAAGCGCGCCCAACGCCGCCACUCUCACUCCCGUCCUGGAGAAGAGGGAUAAACAGGCGCACGGGGACAAGCGAGAGAAGGAGUUGCCCAAGAAGCGGGAGAUAGGGAUAUCCCGCAGCAACUACGUGAAGCUGGCCAACCUGCGCAUCGGCAAGGAGCGGGGCGCCGCGCCGCCGCCGGACGCGCCCGCGCGCCCGCUGUAGCGCCUGCGUGCGCACGCGCCGACCACAAGGUGCCCGCUAAAUGGUCAGCUCACAUCACCCGCUACCGCCCAAGCGUCAAUGGUAUUCGAAAAUUGUAUCACUUACGAGUAAUAUGGACUAACGUUGUCGCUAUAAUGCUCAAGCUUUCCAUACAUCGAGUGAUAUGAUAAAAAUAUAUAGAUUUUUAUGAAGGUACGAAUUUAAAGCGCGCAUAUGGUCAAUUUCACUCUUGACGUUUUUUGACAAUGAUCAGAGUGAGAGAGACUCACUCUGUAAGGUUUUGCGGUUUUGUUAGCCACUUUAAUUAGAAACGAUACUGGGAUACGUGAUCAACUUACGUAUAUUAUUAUACUCUUAUACCAUGUACCGUAAGUUUAUACAAUUUACUUAAAAAGUCAAGUGAUUACAAUAUUGAUAUAAAAAAACCUAGUGAAUUUUUACCGCUUCAACGAAUCGCACGAAAAAGAUUAUAAGUUAUAUUUUUUUAACUGUUUUGAAUAAGUAGGUAAGUCAUAAAUACCAUACUACCGAUAUUGUUUUCCACGACAUCUUAGUCCGCUAAGGUCCGCUGAUAGAAUCAUUUUAUUAUUUUACUGUGGCGUAUUGUGUUUCGAUUCUCGAAAACCGUCUACGCAGUAUGUUCAUAGUCUCGUAUGGGACUGAAAUGUGGUUUUCUGUAUUCUAAAGACCGACAAUACAGUGUUGUGUAGACUAUCAUCCGUAACUCUUGCCAGAACCCGUAAACUAGCUAUAAUAAGUGAUAUACAAUUGUUGAACCGUCGUACUUACUGACACGUUCCGUCUGCUUCACUAACAUGUUAAUGUAUUAAUUUUCUUAUGCUGAGAACUGCUGUGUGUGUAAUUUAUAUAUAAUAUUGUCUUGUAGGAUUGAGGCCGUAGCCUUGUGGCUUAUGCGGAAGCAUAGAUGUCGCUUAGGCCCUCGAUAAAAAUAUAUUUAACAGAUGUUUAAAUUUUGUUCCAUCCACGAUAUGUAUAUUAGAUUUACAAUUGAUUUAGAGUUUAAUGAACUUCAAGAAAUUAUUUAAUAUAUCGUACGAAAAGUAUUAUUUUUGGCUUGGCGCCUUUGAUUUAUUACAGAUUUUAAUGUUUUAUUACGCCUUACAUAAAAAUGGAGAGUAGACUAUGCCUUUAUUCGUGAAUGAGGUGCACGCCACUGCCCUCACAUUAUAUAUGGGUCUGCGCAGAAAGGCUGUUAUUUUGAAAUACAUUUGCUCAAAAAAAAGAUUUCAUAAUCUAAGAUAUUUAAUCACGAGUAUUUUACUUACAUUACCACGUUUGUGUAUUUCAAUAUAAAAAUUUUGCACUUUAGUGAAAAUUAUUAAUUGUAUGUACUCAAUUUAUCAGGGUAAAUUUUUUUUUAAGUUAUCAAAUUUUUUUUUACACAAAAUAAGUAUAUAAAUUAAUAAUAAUCAUUACAUAAUUUAUAAAAGUGAUAUUGGAUUAUCUGCGGGGGAAAAUUCUACAGCAUUCUCACAUCUCAGACCUGACCAGACCUGAGCUUAUAACGGAUGUGUGAAUUAUGUAAUGUUCUUAUUAAUUUAUAUAAUUUGUGUAAAAAAAAAUUUUUUGAAGCUUUAAAAAAAUUUUUUCCCUAUAAAUUUGGUAUACAUACGUAUAAUUUGAAGAUAGAAUUAACUUUAUAUAUAUUAUAAUAGAUAAUAUUAUUGUUUGUACACAAGUACCGAUGCCAAAACGAAUAGUUUAUUGUAACGUUAUCUUACUUAAGUGCCGCGGGUGGUAUUCACAAUAAUUCAUUUAUACAACCCAUUAGAGCACCCGGGAAUCGUUGUCGUAGUAUGCCCGACUAAGGGUUCCAUCGAAAACGCUAGGCGGAAACAUGUCAAACAGCUCACAUGGUAUCUCCUCAAAUUUGUUUUCUGCCGCGUGAAACUAACUCCUACGUCUAGAGAUCUGGAUAGGUUCGAAACUAGCCGGGCUCACACCGAGGACAAUUCCCACGAUUUCCGCAGCGGUUAUGAAUAAUUAUAAUAAAUAGUGAUUCAUGAAUUAUACAACAAUUAUUGUUAGAGGGAGUAUUCUCUCGCGCCUCCCAACUAUUACUAAGUAGAGUGUUGUCAUUUAUUAUCUACAUAGUUAAGUGUUUCAAAUUAUGGCGUUAUUUAUCGUAGUUUUGAUACAGUUCGCGUCGAACGUUUUAACUUUUGUAAGCGUUUUGUACGACCCAACUUAUAUUUCGACCGUUUACUAAUAGAGAAUUGAACGUUGUAACUCCCUUUUGUUCCAUAUUAUUAAAGUCUUUAGCAACCGCUUAAACGUCAAUGAUGUCGACAGCAGAAGUGUUUGGUGUAAAAAGAAAUUGUAUGAAGAGAUGCAGUUUCUAAUUUAACAUUUUUGGUAAGAAGAAAGGUUAAAUUUUGAAUGUGAAUGUCAAAAAAUGAAUGUCUCACCUCGGUUAUACAGUCAAGGCGAUGAGUGCAAUGCGAAAGAGACGUAGCACAAGCCAAGACGUAGUUCAUUAUUAAAUAGUAACUAUCUACUGAAUCUCAAAUUACCACAACGUGGGUAGGACCGUUUUCAUUUGACUGGGCUGGUUGGCAGUUGAUGCAUCGCUUUUGUGAGCCAAUUUAAAUCGGACUCCUUUGCAGGCACCAAACUUAUUUCUUUUUUUACAAGGUAUAUAUAGCAGUUUAUUACCUAUAUAUUGAUAUCUUAUUUCCAAAACUAGUUAUAAAUGUUAUAAAUACCAUAUUAACAUACAGACAGUAGGUAAAUACUACAACUAGACACAAUUAAUUGUAGUUUCACGUUUUAGUCAAAUAUUUUUUUAAUGUUAAAGAGUACUCAUAGUCAGAUUCGACAUUUAGCGACGUCAAGGUCGUCAACGAUGUCAGGAAUAGCAGAUACGUUCGUAUAACGAUCGGAACGUCUCGUCAGCACAUCCAGCCGGAGAUCUGAGAUUGGAAAUCUUUUAUAACAUGUAUAUAAUUGUGUAUGGUGCCGUUAGCCAUUAUUGCCAUCUCUUAAAUUGAUCUAAUGUACUUGUAAGUUUUCCUUUUUUACAUCAAGAAUUACAUAAACUUACUCAUAGAUAUUAGUUUAAAUUUUUUAUUUUUAAUAUCGGGAAAUUAUUAAUUUAUUAACAUCAGUAGAGUAUAAGUUGCUUUUUUUUUUUGUAAUACUUUAAGGCUGAUAAUAUUGUGAGACAGGGUGCCAUUUUAUAAUUCGUUUUUAGCUUGUAAUCCGGUACAAAUAUUAGUAGUUCACUUUAUUACCGAAAGAUAAUAUUUAAGUUUAUAUGUGCUAAAUGUGAUCCCAAUUACAUAGAUUUUUUUGAACGAAGUUAUUUUCGUGGUUGUACGGAUUAUUAUGUAGGCUGUAUUGGCCAUAGAGUAGACCGCCUAGCUAGGCUGUGCACUUGAAUUUGACCACCAUCGAAAAUAAACCGUUCCAUCCUCGAGAAGGGCCUCGAACUAGAGGUUUUAUCAAGUUCGCCAGUAAACAGGCAUCUUCUAGGCAUGUGUCCACCUUAAGCCGCAUCAUCACUUACCAUCGGGUGUUAUUUCUGUCAAGCGCGGAUGCAUAUAUUUAAAAAAAGAACCUAUCAAGAUUGAUAUAACCAUUUUCUUUAGUGGAACGGCGUAAUAACUAUUUGCUUUGUCGAAGUUCAACUGCACAGUCGGGGCGGGCGGCCGCAUUCGCACGAGUGGGGCGGGCAGGGCGCGUGCGCGGGUACAACGAUCAGAAUAUUGGCCACUGUAACUAAUUAGCCUUAUUAUUUCGUUGGCCAAUUCCUGAGCACUGAUUCUCGGCCGCUCUCAACAGUAGAACUCUCAACCAUAAUUUGUGGCACUCGAUUUACAGUCCUGGUUUGAAGAGUAGUCAAAUUUGCGCUGACAUCAGCCAAAGAAUCGAGGCCUGCACGCAUGCGCUGCACCAACCUAGCUCGUGCUCAUAUUUUACUUUGUCUGUGAUACUCUUUGUUAGUAAAACGUUGCAAUAACAAGUAUUAUAGGUUUGAGCAUGUCCAGUUGAGGCGUUUUCCGCGAGUCAAGUUUUGGUUUUGGAGGCGAUGGAUAUCAUGUUGCAAUAUGUGAGGCGUUGCAUGCGAGCUUUCUAGGUCGCGUAGGUACGCCCACUCGUUGCAACUACGUUUACCAACCGGAAUAAAAUCUCUAGCAUAUUAUCUCUCUUUAAUCGCUUCAGCUGGGCAAGCUCUUUGUCGUAGACGUUGGCUGCGCGUUUGUUUUGCUUUGAGCAAAACAGCGUCCGACACCAACCUCGGUAUUGCUCUUUCAGAUGCAUUCCAGAUAGACGCCUUAAGUUGUUUGUUAGUACAAAGAAUAAAAGAAUAUAUUCAAUA